AUGGACCAGAUUCUCAGUGGGAUACCAGGGGUCCAGUGCUAUCUCGAUGAUCUGCUCAUCACGAGACCGGAUGAGCAGUCACACUUGAGGAAUCUGGACAUCACACUGCAAAGAUUGGAGGAAUAUGGCCUGAGAGUUCGGAAGGAUAAGUGUGAGUUUUUCCGGCCUUCUGUUGAAUACCUGGAGCAUGUAAUCGACAGCACAGGACUCCACAAGGCACCAUCAAAGGUGAAGGCUGUUGUAGAGGCUCCAUCUCCGAAGAAUGUAAGUCAGCUGAGGUCGUUCCUGGGCCUCCUAACAUACUAUGCAAAGUUUGUGCCUAACCUCGCAAAUGCAUUGAAACCUCUGCAUGAAUUUCUGAACAAAACUAAGAAAUGGAAGUGGAUGUAUAAAUGUGAGACAGCUUUCAAGGAAGUGAAGACAGCGCUGUCACAAUCUGAGGUCCUCACUCAUUUUGACCCCACAUUGCCAAUUCAGCUGGCAUGUGACGCCUCACCUUAUGGUGUGGGGGCAGUAGUGUCACACAUAAUGCCAUCGGGCGAUGAAAGGCCCAUCGCUUUUGCAUCAAGGACAUUGAGUAAAGCAGAAAGCAAUUACGCCCAAAUCGAGCGUGAGGCACUAUCUAUAGUGUUUGGGGUGAAAAGAUUUCACCAGUACCUUUAUGGCAGAAAAUUCACGUUAUUGACUGACCAUCGGCCUCUCACCUCCAUUUUUGGUUCCCAUACUGGCAUUCCAUCGCUUGUUGCCAGCCGUAUGCAGCGAUGGGCUCUUUUACUGUCUGCCCACCAGUACGACAUUAAAUAUAGGAAGGCAGAUCAGCACGGAAAUGCUGAUGGGCUGUCAAGACUUCCACUGCCGGUCACACACAUUGAGCCGAAACAGGCUGAGAUAUUCUACUUCAAGGAAGCGGCUGCUACCCCAGUGACCUCAGCUCAUGUGAAGAGACACACUCGCAAUGACCCAAUCCUGUCUGAAGUUAUGGACAUCAUUGCUUGCGGCAGAAAAGGAGAUAUGACCCAAAGCUUAAAGCCAUAUCUGAUGAGGAGAAAUGAGCUUUCAGUACAGUCUGGAUGCUUAUUGUGGGGCUAUCGUGUCAUUAUUCCUCCACCAUUAAGAGAAAAAGUGCUUGAUGAGCUUCACUCUGGGCACUGUGGUGUAGUGCGAAUGAAAGAAAUGGCACGCAGCUAUUUCUGGUGGCCAAGCCUGGAUGCAGCUAUAGAAGAAAAAGCCAAGUCAUGCUCUGCCUGCCAGAAACUGAGAAACCUCCCACAGCUGGCUCCCUUGCAUCCGUGGGACUGGCCUGAGGAACCAUGGCAAAGAGUCCAUGUUGAUUUUGCUGGACCACUGGAGAACCACAUGUUCUUAGUUGUAAUUGACGCUCAUAGCAAAUGACCUGAGGUCGCUGUCAUGAAGAGCACCUCGUCAGAGAGAACCAUUGAAGAGUUGAGAUCCAUUUUCAGUCGUAAUGGUCUGCCACAGCAGUUGGUUAGCGACAAUGGUCCACAACUGGUGUCAGAAGAAUUUAAGGCGUUCAUGGAGGAGAAUGGUAUUCAGCACAUCAAGUCUGCGCCCUAUCAUGCGGCUACAAAUGGGCUUGCGGAAAGAUUUGUACAGGCUCUGAAGAAAGCUCUCAAGUCCUCCCCAAGCACACAAACCCUUAACAGGCGCCUCAAUGCUUUCUUGUUGGCAUAUCGUCCCCUGCCUCAGCGAUGUUCAAGAGACAACUCUGCACUCGACUAGAUCUCCUGAAACCUCUAAAGACAAGAGAGGUUGUGCAUCAGCAACAGGUUAACCAACGAACGAGAUUUCUCUACAGAAUUUCCUCUCUGGUCAACAAAAGCACCUUGAGGAUUCUGGCGGGAACUCUCGUUCAACCCUUUUUCGAUUACGCAUGCACCUCCUGGUACCCUAGCACCUCCAAAACCCUCAAAUCUAAACUCCAAACAUCUCAGAACAAGCUAGUCAGGUUACUUCUAGACCUCCACCCCAGAUCCCACCUCACUCCUACCCACUUCUCUAAAGUGGGCUGGCUCAAGGUGGAGGACAGAGUUAAACAACUUGCACUGAGCCUAGUCUAUAAAAUCCGCUACACCUCCCUGAUACCGAAGUACAUGUCAAACUACUUCCUUAACGUAAAUGACCGCCAUAACCACAACACCAGGGGGUGCUCCACUAACCACGUUAAACCCAGAUUCCGAACUAACAAAGGUCUUAACUCAUUCUCUUUCUAUGCCACAUCAAUGUGGAAUGCGCUCCCAACAGGUAUAAAAGA